AAUCAGCAGAUGACUGGUGGCGAGUCUCAGGCAGCGCCAGUACAGUUAGCACGAACGUGUGAGGAAAGUUUCUCUCAAAACAUCUGAAAAUCAUCCUACAGUCUCUAAAAACCACCCGGACGAGACAGUCUCGUCGAUCAUGAAGACGAACGCGUUUUCGCGGGAUUUGGGAUAGAAAGCAUCUGUCAAACAUAUAAACAACACAUACGUCAGACAUCACACACACACACACUAAAAACAUAACAGCUCAUUCAGACACACACACACACCUGUCAUUGUGUUAUGAUGACGGUGAUGAUGAUGAGGGCCUGACUGCUGACACGCACGCACGCACGCACGCACGAACGCACACACACACACACACACUCACACACACACACACACACACAUGAUGGGCUCGUCUCUGAGUGAACCCUGCAUCUAUGAUAAGCUAUCAGAGAGCAUUGACAUACUGCGGCAGUCAGGUUAUCGUUAUGGGAUGUCCGAGAGAGAGAUCGAGAAGUUCAUCAAACAGGUUUUAGAGACGAAUGAACCUCGCAGAGAUCCACCGCAGUUCCCCAUCCUCAGAGCCACCCUCAAGUUUUUAGUUGCCGUCGGGGUUCUGUUGAUGGCCGUCCUGGCGCUCACGUACCCCCAGAGCCCACCCGCCCUGAAGCACCUGAGGGCCGCGCGACACAACCGGUCGUCCCCGCUGAGUCACAUCCGUCUGCUGUCACUGCCCAUCGCCGGAAAAUACAACUUGCACGGAUUCCAUGAGCGGUGGGCGGUAGGCGCUCUGCAGACGGCUCAUGUCAACUGCUCCGCCUGCGCAGACGUGACUGCAGUGCAGGAAAUGCUGUUAAGCGAGUCUGCGGCAAUGCACGGAGACACACAACCCAUCCUGCUGAAGGGUGGAGAGUUUGUGUCUCAGCGUGUUGCUCAGCUCGAUCAGUUCUCGAGGGUUUCUCAGACGGAGACCAACACACAAACUCCUGCAAACGUCACUCUGCUAUGGAGUUUCUCGUCCAGUCACAGAGAGACGCUUCUCCAGUGGCUGUUUCCUGACGCUGAGCUCUGCCCCCUGCUGGAUAACACAGGAACUACAGUUCAGCGCUGUCAGCUCAUGGACAACACAAGAUCUCACAGCAGGGUCAAUAGUCAGCAGGUGAUUGGUUGGCUGGUGGUUGCUGAAGGUUCUCCUGCCGUUCUUGUCCGUCCUGUCCAGAGAUGUCAAAAACACUGCAGAUCCUUCAACCUGUGGCUGGAGCCGGGAGACAUGGUCUACGCUGAUCCGCACUACUGGAUUCUGGAGCUGUUCCCGAGCGGAGGUCAGGAGGUCGUGUGUGACGGUCCGGUGCUCUGAGAGCUCACUUGCAGAGCUCACAUGAACUGCUGCGUGCCAAUGAGCUUCAUUCUGUGCGAGUCUCAUGAUGUCACUUCCUGAUGGCGAUCUGGAGACUGAGAACUCAAGACGGAGUGUUUUUACAGUGAGACGCUGCUCCUCUCAGGUCCGCUGAGAGAAAGAUUUCGGCACAUUGCUUGUUUAGAUUCGUCUUUCUUUUUUGAUUUACACGCUCAGACAUGAGGAUGUAGACGGGAUAUUAGUUUUCAGUUCAGGUUGUGUGUGUGGAGCUCACCAAAACUGUCAUUUUAACAAUAUUCACCAUGAAAGGAAACGACAAGACUGAUAUUUUGCAUGAGGGCUAAGUUUCCACAUUCUAUUCCUCCCCCAAAUUAGAAUCAUUGUGACGCCAAAGAUAAAAUUGACAUUUAAUUUGCAAAUAAUUCCUAUUCUUUGACGCUCCUGCAAAUCAGCCAAUCAAAGCACUUUAAAUGUUUUUCAUCAGCUGAUGAUGUCACAUCCUGAUGGAAAUCAUGUUGUGUGUCACACCUGCCGUUAGGUGCCGUUUUCCCUCUCCACCAAUCAGAGACUGUUGAAUGUGAUGACAUCAAGCAGCGUCUGGCGAUCGGACUGUGCUGAUGGUCUGUCAGUGACACUUUAAAUAAAUGAUGUUUAUUCUCUGUGUAAAUAAUAAGAAAAAGAUGUUUAUGUGAUUACUAAUCUGAUUCAGAGAUUUAUGUUUUACUACAGCAUUUACACAGUAAACUAAAAGUUGACGGAACAUAAAAUGUUUGUGUUUUGUUUAAAACUGAGCCUUUAAUAAUUUUUUAUUUAGAAAUAUAAUCGUAAUGUAAUAUUUAACUAAAUUUUAUUUAAUUAAAAUAUUUUUGAAAACUG